CUCAGGCGGGAGGGAGUGUGGUGGGGCUGCGGGCCAGGUGUGAGGGAGCCGGUUCCGCGUAGCGCGCUCGGCCGGGCCGGCGCCUAUGGCGGCGGCACGGAGCUGCAACGGGUACGCACGGCGGGAGGGGCCGCCCUCCCCCCCGCUGGGAGCCGAGAAGCCGCGCGUGCCCGCCGGUAGCGGCGGCAGCGGGGACGGGUGGCGGGGCGAGCGGCCCCGCAGCGAGGAGGACAACGAGCUGAGCCUGCCCAGCCUGGCGGCCGCCUACACCACCAUCCUGAGGGCGCUGGGCGAGGACCCCGAGCGGCAGGGGCUGCUGAAGACGCCCUGGAGAGCGGCCACCGCCAUGCAGUUCUUCACCAAGGGCUACCAGGAGACCAUCGCGGAUGUUCUGAACGACGCCAUCUUUGAUGAAGAUCAUGAUGAGAUGGUAAUUGUGAAGGACAUAGACAUGUUCUCAUUGUGUGAGCAUCACCUCGUUCCAUUUGUUGGAAAGGUACAUAUUGGCUAUCUGCCUAACAAACAAGUGCUUGGCCUCAGCAAGCUCGCUAGGAUUGUGGAGAUAUACAGUAGAAGACUACAAGUCCAGGAGCGCCUUACCAAACAAAUUGCAAUAGCCAUCACAGAAGCCUUACAGCCAGCUGGAGUUGGAGUGGUGAUUGAAGCUACGCAUAUGUGUAUGGUAAUGCGUGGGGUACAGAAAAUGAACAGUAAAACGGUAACCAGCACCAUGCUGGGGGUGUUCCGGGAAGACCCAAAGACCCGAGAAGAGUUCUUGACACUCAUCAGGAGCUGAAACUGUUGUUCUCUAAAUGCACUCUGGAGAUUGUUCCGUCCAGCGUCGCCGUCUGUUCUUACUUGUUCCUACAUCACCCUCUUAAACUAAAUCGUCGUGAAUUGUUGUCAUAGUCUUUGUUCAGUAGAAGACUUCUGAUGGCAUAUGAAAGAUGUAAUGUUGAGGUUGGCCGCUCCUGGAUUUCCAGUCAUGCUGAUAUUGCAGAACUACAGGCUACGAACAGGGGGUUGAAUAUGUUUCUUUCCACCUGCCACGCAGAGUAUACUGCUGUGAGGAGGGAAGCGUGGUUUGGGAAUGAAGUGGAUAUUUAUGAAAUAGUUAUGUUAGUGGAAUAAACACGGUGCAGCACAGGAAAGAAAUGGCUGUGGGUCCUCAUAGGACCGCUCACAUGCUGCCAAUGCUGUUCCUCUGGUGAAAAGGGUGGUUCUGAAUGGUCUCUGGCUGCACAUUAUUACAAGUCCUGCCGUGGCUGUUUCAGUGUCUGGAUGUGUCUGUUACACCUCCUGGAGAUGUUACCUCUGGUGGUGUUUUAUAUUCUUGCUCGUAUUAAUUCUCUUAUUUGUCGUACUUGAGAAUUUAAAACACAUUUUUCCUAACCUCUUUAACGUGCAGGGAAUUAACUUCUAAAUGAUUUGGAACGCAGUUAUAUCUCAGUAGAUGAAGGGUUUGAUGCAUCUUUUUCUCUGUGCCUCAGAAUGUCUCACCACUUUAACUGUCAAUUUCUUACUAUUUUUAAGCAAACUCUAAUGGGGUUGCAGGAGGAAGACCCAGAAUUUGUCUGCAAAGAGCUAAGACAUCCAAAGAGGUUUUUAAUGUUAUUUCUAUCUUUUGAAAUCCACCUUGGAUUUCCAUGUGUUAGACGGAGAAGCUAGAUCUAGUUUGAUUUCUCUUCAGGCAUUCCCAGGUUUGCAUCGUGAACGUUGGACCAAAGGUGGGCACUGAAAUCCUGAACAGAGCAGGGUGUGUUUCUUCCUGAUGGCAGUUCAUUCCAGGGAAAGGUAACCUGAAAUUACAGUUUAUUUCAUAAGAGCCAUUGAGAAAAGCAUUUCCAGGGGUGUCAAAAUGAAUUAAACUGCAGUUUUCUGUCUAUGUGGCAACCUCUGUAUGUGGCAGCAUUGGUACAAAAAGUUUCAGGCAGCUGGACUUGGUUGAACUUCUUAUACUUUGUUACGGUUUUAAUGGGAGUUGUGUAACUCUUAGUUGGGAGAACACCAUGUGCAAAUGAAAACCACCCUUCUUAAACUGGGUACUGGAGACAAAACUUAACAAAGACAAUGCCAGCCGGGCUGUCGGAUGCCUGCAGUGCAGGUCCCCGUAGUCUCACUGGCUUUGCUGAAUAUGAAUCCCAAGUUGUAGUUCCUGGUUGGCAAGCCAGACCUCACCGGCUUGUAUACAUUCCUGCCUGUCACACCAACCCUAGUGCAGGAACAAUAAAAAUCGAGGUCAAAUUUCCAUUGGGCAUAAAGAACUUUAAAGCCUUUCUUAUUGAAGUUCUUUAAAACGAGCAAAAUGCUGCAAUGGUUUAUGACCACAGCUGCCCUCCCUUCUUGCAAAUAACCUCAUACAUUUAAUGCUCUACCUUUACCCUGAGCACCUUCAUGGCGUUGCUGGAAAAAUGUUUUAUAAUAUUCUCUACCUUGGAUCCCGUUGGGUUAGGUGCUGGAGAACCGUCUGCUAGCGUGAGCAAGCUGCGUUGCACCCUUACAAAAUACACUCAUCCUAUGGCUUUAGUUUUCCUUAAUGACAGACAGCAGAUACUGCCACUCUCAAGUUCAGCGUUGGUUUCAAAUAUCCAGAUGAAAAGCCUUAAGUCUUUCUUGCUUGAAGUUCAACGUGAAACUCUCUCCUUUUUAGCUCAGCGGUUGGAAGGAGAACUUGGGGACCAAAGAGGUGCACAAAGAUAUAUUUGUUUCUCUCUGCUUGCUUUAGUUGUUUGAAAUUAAGGCUUUGUAAAACACAAUCUGACUCCUGAGGUAGUGACAUGGUUGUGUUUUAACCACUUAUCUCUAUUCAGGAUAAAGUUCAUAUUGCACCACCGCUGUCUUUUAUUUCCAUGUGACCCAUAGUCUUUAAAACAUACCUCUCUACUUGUGGCCUUGGAUUUUGUUCCCGUCUUUGUUGUAAGACUUGGUGCACUUUUUAUGGAACAUGAAUAUUGGUCAAAUACAUCAGCUUUAACGACAACCCGUGUGUAUAUAUGUAUAGUACGUAGAGCCUGCUGUUGUACCACGUCAGUGUCCAUUGUCUCAAAAACAUUCAUUGUUCCAAAAACAUUAAAGCGCAGUAUUACCCUUU